CUUAUGUAGUCAAAGGGGUGGAUUCUGUUUCACACAGAUCCCCUGGAAAUCUAUAAUAUAUGUUACGUGAACUAUAGAUUUCCAGGCUAUAGAUUUCUAUGUGUCAUGUGUUCAAGCGUGAAUGCAUGAAACGGAACGUAACCAAAAACGUGUAGUGCAAAAGUUAUAUAUAUAGAAAUAAUUAUUCUUCUCUGCUAUAUUUUUUGGUUUUAUACAAAAACGCAUUGAAUCAGCAUAAUUUUAUUGAUAUUUGAAGUGAGGCCGCUAAACUGAAUAAUUAUCAGAUUAAAGUAAAAACUUAUUAAUAUAUUAUAAAGUUAGGAGUCAUGAAAGUGUGAUUUUUAAAGGAUGUCUACUAAAUCGAGAAAAAGUUUGUCGUCGUCGUCAUGGCAACAGUGCGACAAGUGUCAAUGUAUUUUGACGCAAAAAGAUAUUUUAUUACACGAAACAAAUUGUCCACCUUCCAUGGAAAAUUGGAAUCAUUCUUUCAUAUCUGGUGGAGUUUUAUACAGCACGAUAGAAGUUUUCCAAUCACAAGAAUUACCCAAACAUAUUUCUGAGAGGGAUGCUAAUGAUAUGGUAUUUAUAUCACAGUCUGCUUUUCAACUAUGCGAUAUUGCUAUUGGAUCACCAACUGUUAUUGCAACCAAAGAUGAGAUAGUUGUUAAAACAGCUUGGCCAACUAAUGAGAAAAGUUUGACAAGUGUUUCUUUAACAAAACAUGCAAUUGAAUUAAAUAAUCUCGUGGGAUUAGUAAAAGUAUAUUUGUUAAAAUCUGAUGUCUAUAUUGCUAAAGAGAUUGUAGUGAAUCAAUUGGGAAAAUAUUUAACAUCUAACGCAGAACUUGAUAAUAUUGUAAAAUAUUUUAACGAGCACAAAAUAUUUGCUAUUGGCAAUAGAAUAAGCAUUCCAUAUUAUGGAAAGAAGAUAGUAUAUAAAAUUGUUCAAAUCAGAACAGAUGAAACCCAGAAAAAGCAAACUGAAACACUAAAUGGAAAUGAUCUAUCAGAGGCUUUUAAAAACAUAAAUUUGACAACUAAUCAAACAAAAAUAACUUUUUAUAAAGCAUUGUAUAUAACAAAAUGGACAGUUUUAAAUGUUGCAAAAGAUGGAAAUAAUGUCCCAAAAAUAAAAUAUAGAACUGAUGAUAUAGGAGGCUAUAAUGCUCUCAUAUCUGAUAUAAGAGAUGUAGUUACAAUAGGAAUUGGCAAAUACAGAAGCAUAGAACAAUUUGGUAUAAGUAAAGGGAUAUUGUUAUAUGGUCCCACUGGUGUUGGUAAAUCCAUGAUAGCCAAUGCUAUAAUUACAGAAUGUAACGUUAACGCAUUUGUUGUGUACAGUUCAGAUAUUUAUAGCAAGUCUAUUGGUGAAACAGAAAAUAAACUCAAAGAGAUAUUCAACAAAGCAAUGUCAAACAUUCCUAGUAUAAUAUUAUUGGAAGAUAUAGAUAAUUUGUGUCCCAAGAGAAGUAAUUCCAGCACAGAUCAUGAGAGGAGGGUUCUUGCUCAACUAAUAACACUUUUUGAUGAUCUACAAAGUAGCAACAGUGAUAUAUUAAUAAUGGCUACAACCACGAAAUUAGAUUUCGUAGAUAGUUCUCUGAGAAGACCUGGCAGAUUGGACAUGGAAUUUGAAAUUUAUGUACCAACUCCAAACAUGCGAACAGAAAUAUUGAUAAAAUUACUUUCAAAGAUCCCUAAUACACUUUCACAUGAGGAUAUACAAAACAUCUCGUUUGUCACUCAUGGUUUUGUUGGUGCAGAUUUAUAUGGUUUAUGCUCGAAAGCGAUAAUUAAUACAGUGAAACGUCAGCAAAAAGACAAGACUAUGUUCGACAAUGAACCAAAGAUAACUAUGUCUGAUUUUCAUCAUGCUUUGAUUUCAUCAAAACCUUCAGCUAUGAAGGAAGUUUUGGUGGAAGUACCAAAUGUAAGAUGGUCAGAUAUCGGUGGACAAAAAGACUUGAAACUAAAAUUAAAACAAGCUGUUGAAUGGCCGUUAAAACAUCCUGAAGCAUUUGUAAGAAUGGGUAUUACACCUCCUAGAGGUGUUUUAAUGUUUGGACCGCCAGGAUGUUCGAAAACUAUGAUCGCGAAAGCUCUCGCUACCGAGAGUAAAGUAAAUUUUCUCAAUAUUAAGGGUCCAGAAUUAUUUUCGAAAUGGGUCGGCGAAUCCGAAAAAGCUGUAAGAGAAGUAUUCCGAAAGGCGAGACAGGUAGCACCAUCUAUCAUAUUUAUCGAUGAGAUAGAUGCAUUAGGUAGUGAGAGAGGUUCUUCUUCCAAUGGGAGCGGUAGCAACGUACAAGAACGAGUGCUGGCUCAAUUAUUGACUGAACUUGAUGGAGUCACCACUCUGGGAAAUGUCACAUUAGUAGCAGCUACUAAUCGACCAGAUAAAAUUGACAAAGCACUUCUCCGACCUGGACGAUUAGAUCGUAUAAUAUACGUCGGAUUACCGGACGAAGAAACCAGACGAGAAAUAUUCAAUAUAAAAUUGCGAAAUAUGCCGAUCGCAGAUGAAGUAAAUAUCGCGGAUUUGGUUUCUCUAACAGAAGAUUAUACCGGUGCAGAAAUCCAAGCGAUAUGUCAUGAAGCCGCCAUGAAAGCGUUAGAAGAGGAUCUUAACGCCACUGUUGUUAUUAAGGAACAUUUCAUAGCCGCAUUCAAAACCGUCACUCCUAGAACACCCGUUUCCCUUCUCAAAAUUUAUGAGGACUAUAUGAAUAAAGUCUCAUGAAAGGAUUAUGAAGAUAAA